UGGGACGGUGGACACUCAAAACGGUAAAAUAUCGGGAAUAUUUCAGGGUAAAAAUCGUUAUAAUAAGGACGCGUGUUUUGCUGUUCUGUAAGCGGUUGUUGCUCGGUAUUAUUCUGUAUGCUCCGCUGUGUGUUCAUACAAAGUUUUAUCCAACUUUUUGUGUUGGUGUGUGUUUUUUUUUUUUUUUUGAUUGAUUAGUCGGUGGAGAUUAUCGGUAACAUUCAUGGCUUUGAUAGCGACCGAGCAGGGCUGCAAACUGAACGGGACGUCGGCGAUUUGCGGCAGAGUUGGGCCGAGAAAAGACGUGUUUCAGGGCAAAGCGGAGGGCUUUAAAACGACCAGAAUGCAGCCGAAAGAGACGGAGUAUUCCACAGAUGGCCUCCCCAAAGCCUUCCUCCACAGCCUGAGGACCCUGUUUGACAUUUUGGAUGAUGCUGGACGGGGUUAUGUCCACAUCUCGGAGAUAGAGAGCCGCUGGCAGGGCGCAGACACCCGGGAACUCCCCGGCGGAGUGCUGGGCUGCCUCAGGAGGGUCACCCCACCGCAUGGCUGCCUCACCUUUGAGCGGUUCGUUGCGGGGCUGCGGUACUCCAUGCUCAACCCGGAGAACAGCUCCCACUUCAAGGCCCAGGCUGCCGUACACCCGCAGCAGGCAGCGAAGCAGCUCCACAAACCCGCCCCGCUGUCCACAUGCAGCGUGGGGACUCGGGUUGAGAACAAGGUGCGUCCGCUGGGGCCGAGCAACGUGACCAACACCCAGCAGCACCGGGCGUCCUCCCUGCAGAGCCGGGCCAGGCCGGAGGAUGGGACCGGGUACCCCGUGUGUGGACCGGCCCCGUACGGCGCGGGCUUCGAGAGGUCCGGGCGGGGUUUGGAGCGGAACGCCGCUGCACCGGGGGGCGGGUGUUACCGUGCCGAGCAGAGCCAUGCCACCAAACCAACACAGCCCCAGCAGAGCCGGGUCAGGUCCAUUGAGUCGCUUGCUCUGGAGUCCCCGCAGCUCCACGGACCAAGUGUUGUGAAAUCAGGUUUACCAAGAUCUCAGAGCGAAUCAGCAACAGGAUUUACUGGCGGCUCCAGGCGACACGGGCGAAGUCGGGAUGAGCAGAGGCGGCACACCAUAUCCAACGGUGUGGAUUAUGGAAUGUUGAAGCAAAUGAAAGAGCUGGAGCAGGAGAAGGACUCGCUGCUGGCGGGCCUGGAGGUGGUGGAGCGGGCCCGCGACUGGUACCAGGGCCAAAUCCAAAAUGUCACAGAAAGACAGCGGCAGGUCGGCCAGAGCUCCCACUGCACGGAUUUCUUCACAGAAGCCAGUCAGAGUCGCAUGAAUGUUCUAAUACCCAAAUUGCAAGAAGUCAACCGCUGCCUUAAUGACCUUAUUUCCUCCAGUGGGAUGCAGUCGUUUCCUUCCAGCGCUGCUCAGACAGCAGCGCUCGCAGCUAACCCCCAGCCUCCGGGUCAAGCUCCUCCACAAGCCAUCCAGAGACUGAAGGACCAGAACCGACUUCUCACACAGGAGGUGACAGAGAGGAGCGAGCGGAUCGCCCAGCUGGAGCAAGAAAAGUCGGCCUUGAUAAAACAGCUUUUUGAGGCUCGAGCCCGCAGUGCCCAAGACACCAGCACCAUGGAUUCCACCUUCAUCUGAGAACAAUUACACUCCAUGCAUCACCAUAACAUCACCAUGUUUCAGCUAGGAAUCAUCAUGCCGCUGGUCUGGAGCAAAACUUUUAUAAGACUGAACCCGACUGUUGUUUACCUGCACCUGUAGCAGUGACGCACCUUUAGCCAUGGCACGCCAACACCCUCGACUGCAGCGGCACGUGACCCCUCCACUCCAAACCAAUUCAUGCACUACCUAGAUGUGAACACUCCGAGGAAUACCUGACCCGAAUGACUCGACCUAAGAGUCCAAAGACUCUUUUACUUUAUGCCUUCACAUUUCCCGAGUGAACACUCAAACUGGAUAAGACUGGAACACUUUCAAGAAACCAGUCGGGUCUCAUGAGAUCCCAUCACUCCAUUGCUCGCAUGAUUACAGCAUAUGCAAAAACUCCACUCCCACUCCCACUCCCACUCCCAAAAGACUUCUGUUUUUUACUUCUGCUGCUCGACUGCACAGGCAAUGGAAAAAAACAUAAACUUAAUGGUCCUAAAAGGUAUUGGACAAUAGGGGGGAUGGUUACUGUUGGAAUAAAAUGCCAUAUUCUCACAAUUUAUUACGAAAACAAAAAUCAUCAGCUGCAUCUGCUUGCUGUGACCUAUCAGUGACAUUUUUUGUUUAAAUCUUUUAAGUUUGGUACUUUUAUCUAAAUAAUAAUAAGAUACACUUUGCCCAUGUCUUUCCUUCCUUUUAAUGUAAAUUGAUAAUGUUUACCGGACAUUUGGCUUUCUGGGUUUGAGAGUGUUUAAUAUCAAACACAGAGGGAAAGGAAUUACUGCAAAGAGCUGUUUUUAUAGUAUGUUUAAUGUUAAGACCUUUCAUGAAUUUUGAGAUGGUUUUUGUUUUUUGGUAAAGAUUAAAAAAAGAGAUGGGAGGAAAGCCUAACAAGCCAUCGAGAUGCAGAGGCAGAGAUGGGUAAGAGAAGUUUGGAAGUUUGCACGUAGAAGAGAGCUGAGGAGGAUAAACACGGUAGAGGGUGAAUGUGUCGGAGACUGAGCUCCUCGAUUGGGAGAUCUUCUGAUGUCAUGUCAGAAACAAAAAGGAAAAAAAAAUCACUUUGGCUAUCUAGUGCUACAUCCCCUGUAUGUCUUUACAGUGGAUUCUUUGCAUGGGUUAUGUUUUCAAUUUAAAAAUAUUUAUCUUCUGAAGAGAUUUCUGUUUGAAACCUGGAGAUUAAACGUUAGCGCAGAUGUAAAAAAAACACGUCGUUACCACGUUGGCUUUAGACUAAAACUGUAAAACCAUUCAGCCAUCCACAAGUUUACAAGAGAAAUAUUUAGUUAGUGGGUGGUGGUAGAAGAAAAAAAAAUUGUAGUUUUAUAAUGGAUCUGUAUGGUACUGCUGGGAAGACUGCGCUUAACAUAUUGUUGAUGUCUGUUUCCAUUUGUUUGAUUGUAUUGUUUCUUGCUGCUCGAACUGCAUUAUGUGUGAGUGAAACUCUUUUCCUUCUGCUUCCUAUCAAGAGUUCUCAAACCUCUGAUAAAAUGUAAAAUAUUAAAUACCACCAAACAAAUGCUA